CCCUCACCCUCUCUCCUUCCACACGUUCCACUUGUCACCACCUCACCGGAAAAUCCAACUUUUCCGGCCAACCACUCAAGACCAAAUGGCAUCCCUCGCAGCGUCCACGGCGUCCGCCUCUCUGGGCGUCAAGGAAAUGCUCGGCAACCCUCUAAACUUCACUGGUGCUGCCCGGCCUGCACCCUCGGCUUCCAGCCCAACUACCUUCAAGACUGUCGCACUCUUCUCAAGGAAGAAGGCGGCUCCCCCACCACCCAAGCCUAAGCCCGCUGCCGCCGCUCCCAUCAACGAUGAACUCGCCAAGUGGUAUGGUCCUGACAGAAGAAUUUUCUUGCCGGACGGUCUCUUGGACAGAUCAGAAAUCCCUGAAUACCUCACCGGAGAAGUACCCGGAGAUUAUGGUUAUGAUCCCUUUGGUCUGAGCAAGAAACCUGAGGACUUCGCCAAAUAUCAGGCAUAUGAACUCAUUCAUGCCCGGUGGGCCAUGCUUGGAGCUGCAGGCUUCAUCAUUCCAGAGGCCUUCAACAAGUUUGGUGCCAAUUGUGGUCCUGAAGCUGUUUGGUUCAAGACAGGAGCUCUACUUCUUGAUGGGAACACUCUGAAUUACUUUGGGAAGAACAUCCCCAUUAACCUUGUUGUUGCUGUCAUUGCUGAAGUUAUUCUUGUUGGGGGUGCAGAAUACUACAGAAUCAUCAAUGGCCUGAAUUUGGAGGACAAGCUUCAUCCAGGUGGUCCAUUUGAUCCAUUGGGGCUCGCAGAAGAUCCUGACCAGGCAGCAAUUUUGAAAGUUAAGGAGAUUAAGAACGGAAGACUUGCAAUGUUUGCCAUGCUUGGUUUCUACUUUCAGGCUUAUGUUACAGGCCAAGGUCCAGUUGAGAACCUGGCAGCCCACCUUAGUGAUCCUUUUGGCAACAACUUGCUCACUGUUAUUUCUGGAUCAGCUGAAAGGGUUCCUACCCUGUAAUUUUCUCUACUCUUGCACUCAAAUGUCAAUGUGUUGUAAAUUCAAUGAGAGCUUUUGAAGCAUUUAAUUGUAAUCAUCGAACUUUCACCCAACUGUUCUUACAUUAUAGUGUGCUCUUAAAUCUUAAUUAUUAGCUCAGUUUGAUUUGCUAUUUUCUCA